UAGGGUUAGAGGUAAUCUCUGAACCAAUUUGUACCAAAUAGUCACAUAGCCUUAUCCCAGGAUUUCCAGAGAUGUUGAACAAGCUUCAGUGGCACAGCUAUCAGGAAGAGCUUGGAACACUUCACUCAAAUAGCCCAGCUUUCAUGUAACACCAAGCAAAUAUUUUUCUGAGGGGAGGACACUGUAUCUUUACUGCCCUAUCCACUGGACUGUUCCACCUUCAGCUCACAACUCAAUGGACUAAAAAUUUGAAGGAAACUUAAUGGAAGGCUGAAAUGUAUCAGCCGACAGGACAGGAGUCUGCCUAUCCACCAGCUGGUCAGUACACCUAUCCUGCUGUUCCUGGAGGAUUCCCUCCAUCAGGAGGAGGGACCUAUCCUGCAGCACCACCAAAUGCUGGGUUUCCAGGGGCAGCAGGAUAUCCUGCCCCAGGGGGCUACCCUGCUUCAGGGUACCCUGCCCAGGCUGGAGGAAUGCCACCUUAUCCUGGAGGCCCUGGCUUUGGCGUGCCUGCCACUGGGCCUGGCUUUGGUGGCUAUCCACAGCAGCCUCCUGCCCAAAGCUAUGCUGGAGGUGGACCAGCACAAAUUCCAGGAUUUCCUGGUGGACAAGUACCAUCCCCAAUGCCUGGUCCGCCUGCUGCAGUGGUUCAGUAUACCCAGGGUACAAUUCAAGCUGCUCCAAACUUCGAUGCUGGAAGGGAUGCAGAAAUUCUCCGUAAAGCUAUGAAGGGUUUUGGAACCGAUGAGCAGGCCAUCAUAAACGUUGUUGCUAACCGCUCCAAUGAUCAAAGGCAAAAAAUCAAGGCAGCUUUCAAGACUAUGUAUGGCAAGGAUUUAAUUAAAGAUCUGAAGUCUGAGUUAAGUGGUAAUGUGGAAGAAUUGAUUCUAGCCCUCUUCAUGCCUAGUACCUACUAUGAUGCCUGGAGUUUACGUCAUGCGAUGAAGGGAGCAGGCACUCAGGAGAGCGUGUUGAUUGAGAUCCUUUGCACAAGGACAAACCAGGAAAUUCGCGAAAUAGUGAACUGCUAUAAAUCAGAAUUUGGAAGGGACAUUGAACAAGACAUCAGAUCAGACACUUCAGGACACUUUGAACGAUUACUUAUAUCUAUGUGCCAAGGUAAUCGUGAUGAGAAUCAAACUGUGGAUUAUCAAAAAGCUCAAGAAGAUGCUCAGCGUCUGUACCAAGCAGGUGAAGGAAGACUUGGGACUGAUGAAUCUUGCUUUAAUAUGGUUCUGGCAAGCAGAAGUUUUCCCCAACUGAAAGCAACAGUUGAGGCAUACUCCAGGAUUGCUAAUCGUGAUUUAUUAAGCAGCAUUGACCGAGAAUUUUCUGGAAAUGUGGAACGUGGUUUGAAGACUAUUGUGCAAUGUGCUUUAAAUCGCCCAGCCUUUUUUGCAGAAAGACUUUAUUAUUCUAUGAAAGGAGAUGGCACAGAUGAUUCUACCCUCAUCAGAAUUGUAGUCACUCGCAGUGAGAUUGACCUUGUGCAAAUUAAACAGAUGUUCACACAGAUGUAUCAGAAGACACUGGCUACAAUGAUAGCAAGUGAUACAAGUGGUGAUUACCGGAAGUUGCUGCUGGCAAUUGUUGGGCAAUAGAAGAGGAUUUUCUGGUUUUUUGGUUUGUUGGUUUUUUUUAAACAAACUGAAGGACAUGAAACGUGCUUUAAGCAGAUACUAACUAUCCUUGUAAAAGAAUAAUUUUAAAGGUUGCAUAAUCAAAUACGCCUUCUUGAUGAUUCAGUAAGCUUUUUGCACUUACAAUGCCUUAAUUUACAGCACAUAAUAUUCUUUAUUGUAUAAUAAAAGAUAUAUCUUGUCUAUUAGACCCUAA